AUGCGUCUGCUGUCCACUGUGGCGGCCGUGGCCGUGACUGCAGCCGCUCUGCCUGCAACGACUCCGACAGCCGUGGCCUCGGCACUCGCCCGUCAUCGUGCCGCGUAUCAAGGAAAGGAAUGUCCGCCGCUGAAGCGCGGCAGCUUCAACAUUGACCAGUACCAGCUCUAUCCCGAGAAUGCGGACUGGGACGAGGACUCGUGUCUGGUCUACUUUGGCGCCCUCUGGAAUGCCAGCGUGGCCAUCUACGACCCAUAUGCCGACGACAUGGUCGCCAUCCUGAACCUUGACAACGUCACAAACACCGGCACCGAGCACGUCGGUGGUGUUGCCUGGGACCGGUUCACAGGGCUCAUCACGAUCCUCGUAGACUCGGCAGCGCCCUGGUCGACCGGCGGUGCGGAUGUCUCGGGCUCGAACCUCGUGCUCAAGUGGAACCCCGUGACGGCGAGCACGCUUUGGACGGCGAACCUCACGGCCACGACGCAGGGCCGCUACGGUGCCUUCCAGGACGUCGAGACCGAUGACCGCGGCAACACCUAUGUUGUCGGCACGUUUCCGCGCAGCAUCGUGCGCGUCAGCGCCGACGGCGUCGUCGAUCCGUGGUAUGCCCCCUCGAUCGCCAGCAACGAGACCAUCGACACGACCGUCCCGGGUCUCGGCGGCCUCGUGGCCCUGCCGCAGACCGGCAACGCAAAGGUUCUGCUCGCCAAUGAUGCCGCCAACGGCAGCAUCUACCGCUUUGAUAUCAGCACCACCUGCGACCACGUCCCCUAUGACAAGCCGCUCACACCUGUCGCCAUCGUGCCCGAUGUUCUCUACAACGACACCGACGCCAUCUACGCACCCCCACGCUACGACGGCACCGUCUUGCUUGUAUCCAGCCAUGCCAGCGGUAUCCAGGUGCUGCGCGCCCGUGACGCCUCCUGGACCACCGCCGACUACCUCGGCACGGUGCCUAUUCCGCCUGCUGGCACGUCCGCCGACGUCGUGGCCGCACUCAAGGGAUCCUUCACCACGGCUGCCGUGCAGAUGGGCAAUAACUCCGUCUACAUGGUGAACGAGUGGUUUACGGACGCCUUUGUCGCCGGCGGCGUGGCUGGCAAUCGCACGCUGUUCCCGAUGCCGGAUAUCACGGCGGCCAUCGACGCGCUGCUGGCAGCAUGA